AUGCCAAUGGCGAUGCCUCCCUACAAUCAAUUUGUUCUUCUGCCGAAUGGCACUAUCUUCAGCGGACUGCCUCUUGACCAGGGCCCGUAUUUACCUGCACAUGGCCUCUACUCCGGCUUGGCCCCGCCUUGUCCGGUGGUGCCAACUCCCCCGAGCGACUACUUUCACAACCCCAAUGCUGGCCUGGAAGGACCUGGCUUGUCGAAUUUCGGUUUCAAUGGCCUUCCUCAGCCAAGUGGGACAUGUCUACCUCUCCAGAUGAUGAAGACUCCGACGGGGUAUAUUCUCCAGGAUCUCGAGAGUUUGACGCAGCAAGACCCACCCAUCCCACGAGCGGUGCCCGCCAUGUGGACAAACCCAUCUGAUCUGACUCUGGCUAAGUGUCUGGAGAAUCGAGAGGGGAUUACCAAUGUCUACAUUCGAGGCUUUCUUCCGGAGACGACUGAUGAUAUGCUGCAUGCUUAUGCCUCCCGCUUCGGAAAAAUAGAUCGCUGCAAAGCUAUUGUUGACUUGGACACGGGCCUCUGCAAAGGAUUUGGAUUCGUCCAGUACUACAACUUCGAAUCCUGCGAGAACUGCAUCCGCGGUUUCUUUUAUCUUGGCUACCAGGCCAGUUUCGCUCAGAAAUCCCGCAACUCUAGGCUCAAAGAUCUAGAGGAUAAGUCUUCGACCAACAUCUACUGCACAAACCUUCCGAUUGAGUGGACAGAGGCCGAUCUUCGUCGUCACUUCGAGCCAUAUCGUGUGGUCUCGGAAAAGAUCAGCCGCGAUGAGAAAACCGGAGUGAGCAAGGAGGUUGGCUUUGCUCGGUUUGAAACGCGUGACAUCGCAGAGAAGGUGUUGGGCGAGUUCCAUAACGUCGUCUCCAAGGAUGGAGUCAAAUUGCUUCUUCGCUUUGCGGAUACGAAGGCCCAGAAGCUUCUCAAGCAGCAAAGCAACGAGAGACGCGCAUACCGUGCUGGGGAGUACAACUACUCGGUUGAGGUCGUGCAAGGAUCUACCCCGUCGCCUUCAUUGCACCGUAUUCAACAGGGAGUGUCGCAUAUCAGCCCCAACUCGCAGGCCAGCUACGCCUCUCCAGUCGGUGUGUCUCCAGUUGGUGUGGGAUCCACCUGGACCCCUGCGACAUCUAUCUCCCCAUCGUAUCCCCUGAUGAAGAGCCAGGCGGGGAACGUGCGCUUCAACUCUUGGUCAUCCAAAGGCGGGCCAAGAGCCUUGGAGAACACACCUCUCGGUCGAGGGCAACGCAAUGCCUGGACUGACAACGUCUCUGGCGGUCCUUCAAAGAUGAACUUUCCAGCAACUCCUUGUGUUGAGACUCGCUCCGAGCAGUCUAGUCCUCGCAAGAGCAACGUCAAGGCUGGUUCCGUGUCUCCCAUCUCAGCACGCAAGGAGGUUAUCGUGACUUCACCCCGCUCGGUGAUCUGA